UCAGUGAUCCAGCAGUCUGUAACGCUGCGGUCAUUGCUUCCAAGGUUCACAACAACGUGAAGUACAUGAAGAAGAAGAACUUGCAACAAGACUUGGAGGAGUUAAAGGUGGCCCACCUCCUCAGCCAGGAAGCAUUUGUAGCUGAAAUACAGGCUGAGAGGAAGAAAAGUCAGGGACUCCAAGAAGAACUGAACCAACUCCAGACUUCAUACGAGGAGCUGCGUUCCCAGGAUGAAGCAGAUGAUGCUCUGCUGAGGCAGGAGGCCGAGACACAAAAGUAUGAUGAAGCGAGGCUCAGUGAGGAACAACGGCUGCUGGAGAACUUGAGAGCUGAAAAGGAUGAAAUGUUUCAAGAAAUGUCCCAAACGAUCACAUUCCUGCAAGGCAGCGAGAAACUUCUGCAGGAGGAAUUAACUCAGCUCAAAUGUUCAUACAAUGAGCUCAACUGUAGAUACGAAAGGGAUGUUUCUGGAUUAAAGCAAGACGUGGAUAGAUAUCAGGAGGAAGUGAGACAUGAGAAAGAGGCCAACAUAGAAAGAGACAACGAGAAUCUGCAGCUCAUCAACAAGCUGAGAGCUGAAAAGGAGGAGCUCCUCCAGAAAAUGUCAGGAGAAAUCGAGACAUACCAGCAUCAGGUAGAGCAGGAGAGAAAAGCUCACCUGGAGAAAACAGAGGAGGACAAGAAGCUUCUAGACAAUAUGAGAGCUGAAUAUGCCAUCCUCCAAGAAAUCACAACAACAGAGAAUAAAAUCCUGCAAGACAAGGAAAGUAGUGCCAAGGCUGAGCUGGAGAAUGUUAACGGUUUGUACAUGGAGCUAAACAGUCGGUUUGAAACCGAAGUAACUGCAUUUAAACAUCAAGCAGAAAAACACCAGGAGGAGCUCAUUUGUGUGAAAAAUGAUUUACAAAGAGCGAGAGACGAUCUACUGCUGGCCGACACUCUGAGAGCCGAGGAAGAAGGUUUCCAACAACAACCCAUCACAGUUUCCCAAGAGAAGGAAGAAAACUCACAGAACCAAGUUAAAGUCUUAAAUCAAGAGGUUUCUUCAGAGGAGGAACUCUCAGGAGAACCUUUACCAGGUUCUUCCACGGAUCCAGAAUCCUCAGAAGAGACCGAGGUCGCUGGAGAAACCAUCCUGCAGGAUUUGGACAAUCCAGAUGGUAAAAAGAAAAAGUCUAAAAUUUCAUUUUGGAAGAAAGUACAAAACACUCUGCGAUGGAAGAAGCCAAAAAAGAAACAAACGAGUGAAGACAAUCAAGGACGUGUCUAAAGUUCUUGAUUUUGAUAUUUAGAGAAGGAGAAAGACGUGCAGGAGACGAACCGAGGACUGGAAUCAAACGCAUGGAGGUUGUAGCCUCUG